CACCCGGUAGAUGCGGCACGCCGCUGUACGAGAGGUCAAAGUGUUAAAUCUAAUCUUUCGGUAUUCUUUGAAAUAAAAUCGAAUGCCACAUCUAAAAGUGAAUGAUUUAUGUUUAUAUGUAUAAGCCUUGAUGAUCGCGAACGUAAAUCUCAAUUAGUAUGCGAUAAAACCAUGUAUCACGGUGUACAUUCAUCAUGCAUACAUACAUACUUAUACAUACGUGCGUACGCGUGCAUUUGUGGAAGCAUAUGGCGUCACCCCCGCCGCUAUCCCUUCCGUGUGAUCAGCUGGUUUCACGAAUGACCGAAGCAGCGCGCCGGCGCGCCAGUCAGUCGAACUUGGUUCGUGAAUUGUGUGGCCUGCGAUGGCUGCUGUUAACAACGUGAAAUUGUUGCGAUCUUUCUUCAUUGUGUAUUGCAAUCCAAUCAACGCAUGUGAACAACUCAGCCUUUCAUCGUCCGUCGGAAACUGGGACGACAAUUCCGCGGGAUAGAUCAUUUUUCUAGUAACAAUUUGGGUCCAUUCAAGUGUCGUUCCAAAACGCGACGCGUACGAAAUGACAGAGCCGCGCAAACGAAAUUUGCAAGAAGAGCCCAGAGGAAACAUUCUCAGGAACCAUUCGUGGAGUAAUGGACCGGACGAGGAUGAAUUUGGAGGUGAAAAUGGACUGCUCGACGGCAAUAAUGCUAGUCCAAGUCACUCUCAAUCGUCACCAAUUACUAACAUGACUACGUUCGCAGAAGAAAAGAUGCGUAGAAAAUUGAAGUUCUUCUUUAUGAAUCCUAUUGAGAAGUGGCAGGCAAAGCGUCGUUUUCCAUAUAAAUUUAUUGUUCAAGUGGUUAAAAUUGUGUUGGUUACCACACAGCUGUGUCUAUUUGCUCAUAGCAAUUACAUGCAUGUAAACUAUGCUUGGGAUAAUCGAUUAGCAUUCUCUCAUUUAUUCCUCCAAGGAUGGGACGCUAUGCAAGAGGUACCAGCUUAUCCACCAGCUACAGGUCCAUUUGCAAUCUACAAACAAGAAGACUUCUAUAGUACAAUCGAUUUUGCUUUGAAUGGUUAUUACAAUCUUAGUAAUGCAAUUGGAUCAUAUUCGUACACUGCAGAAGAUAACUCGGUAGUCCCAGCUGUCCUAUGUUUAUAUCAUUACAAAGAAGUUAUCAUAUUUGGUUUCAACGAAAGUUAUGUGUUCGACAAAGAGAUUAUAGAAACAUGCAUUAAUGUAACUCAUCAAUUUUACAAAGAAUUCAAUACGUCAAAGCACUUUUUAUCUGAACAAAAUAUCAAAGUAAAUUUUUCAGCCCUUGUCAGCGCACAUUUAAAAUUUGCCUUAAAAACAGUUAACUUAAAAGCUGCUGGACCAAUGACACCACCAGAUUGUUAUGAAUUUAAUAUUCAAAUUAUUUUUGAUAAUCGUGAUUUCGAUGGGCAAAUGUUGCUCUCGCUAGACACAGUACCAAGAAGAUUGGAAUGCAAAGGUGACACGCGUUAUAUCACCCACAGUCGUAUCGAGGCAGCUUUAAGGACAUUACUCAAUUUGUUAGUUAUUCUAAUUUGUACUACGUCUCUUGUUUUGUGUUCAAGAUCUAUAUAUAGAGCUCAACUACUGAAAUUCGAAACCAUGAGUUUCUUUAAGAAAACAUAUGGCAAAGUAUUGAGUCUCGAAGGAAGAAUAGAAUUUUUAAAUCUAUGGUACGUAAUGAUUAUUGUAAACGAUCUGUUAAUCAUCAUUGGCUCGGCUGUGAAAGAACAGAUCGAACGAAAACAAUUCAGCAGAGAUAAUUGGGAUGUAUGCAGUAUAUUUCUAGGGACAGGUAAUUUACUUGUUUGGUUCGGCGUUCUGCGUUACCUUGGUUUCUUCAAAACAUAUAACGUUGUUAUUUUGACGUUAAAGAAAGCUGCCCCAAAAGUGGCAAGAUUUUUGCUUUGUGCGAUUCUCAUUUACGCUGGUUUUACGUUCGCUGGUUGGCUGAUUUUGGGCCCAUAUCACAUGAAAUUUCGAUCACUUGCCACAACAUCUGAAUGUUUAUUUGCACUUAUAAAUGGUGAUGACAUGUUCGCCACAUUUACCAUAACGUCCUUUAAAUCACCAAUGCUAUGGUGGUACUCUAGAAUCUAUUUAUACACGUUUAUUUCAUUGUACAUUUAUGUGGUUUUAAGUUUAUUCAUUUCUGUGAUAAUGGAUGCCUAUGACACAAUCAAGGUUUAUUAUCGUGACGGAUUUCCGAAAAACGAUUUGCAUACGUUCAUAGCAGCGUGUACAGACGAAGCGUCUAGUGGUCUUUAUAGGGAUGAUACUGAAAGGAAUGAUCUGACAGAGCUCCUCGAUCGCUUUUGUUGUUGUCGGAAAAGGCCCUUUUACGGGUCGUUUUCAGGAUCAAAUUCGGAAUUUCCGACAAAGCCGGAACAAACAUGUGGAGGAGCAAUCUGUAUAUAGUGCUAUCCUGAACAAUAAUGCAUUAAUUAAAUAUUACGGUUCUACGGCAAAUACUCGGUAUUACCACGACAAUGUUGUCGCCUAAAAUAUUUUUACCAAAUUGUACUGCAUUUAUUCAAAUGAUUUAAUUACCUCCUUUUAGAUGCCAUUUGUGUAUCUUGUGUUUAUUGUAUAGCUUAAAUGUAAAUGGCGCUAGACUUCCGUUCAUGUUCGUUUUAUCUUUGUUUUAUAUUAUAAGAUUGAAUGUUUUAUUGAAGAUAUUUUUAUAUUUUGUAUUAUACCGUUUAAAAUAAUAAAGACCAUGUGUAUGUAGAACUGUUACUAUAAAGUAUAAAUACAGUAUGAUUUGUGAAGUA